AGACAAACUACAGACAUAGAAAUAUAUAGACAUCUAGGCAAUGGAGAUGUUCUUUGACUGGAGGUCACUCGGCUCUUUUCUGGCAACAAUUAUGGUGCUGCGGACAGCGUUGCGCGACUUCCUUCCGCCGGAGCUGCAGCGCCUCCUCCUCGCCUUCUUCGGCCGCCUCUCGUCGUUCUUGCACUCGACCGACACCGUGAUCAUCGACGAGAUCGACAGCCACGCGGGCGACGCCAUCCCCAACGAGCUCUACGACUCGGCCCAGCUCUACCUGAGCUCGCGCUGCCUCGCCGCCUCCUCCACCAUUCGCCUCCACAAGUCCCACCACUCCCCCCGACCCGUCGCCUCCCUUCCCGACCACCACUCCGUUGUCGACUUCUUCCACAGCAUCCCCCUGAGCUGGACUUCCGACUCCUUCGUCCGCCCUGCCAACUCCGCCACACGGCUCGCCUCCUCCCUCGUCGGCAGCGGCGGCGGCGGCGGUGACAGCAUAGACCAGCGGUCUUUGAGAAUUCAGUUCCACCGCCGCCACCACCACGAGGUGCAUAACCUGUACAUCCCAUUCAUCCUCAAGGAGGCCGAGAGGAUCCGGACGAGGGCGCGGGAGCGGAGGCUGUACACGAACCGCGCGGUGCACCCGGGCGACGACCAGAGCCACUGCUGGCUGUGGUCGUCGCAGCCCUUCGAACACCCCUCGACUUUCGACACGAUCGCGCUCGACCCCGUGCUGAAGGACGACAUUCGCGCCGACCUCCUGCAGUUCGUCGCGCGGCGCGAUUACUACACUCGCGUCGGGCGGGCGUGGAAGAGAGGAUAUCUACUACACGGGCCACCGGGAACCGGAAAGACAAGCCUCGUCGCAGCCAUGGCAAACCUGCUAGAAUUCGAUAUCUACGACCUGGAGCUAACGACCGUCGCGUCCAACUCCCACCUCCGCCGCCUCCUCGUCUCCACCGCCCCGAAAUCCAUCCUCGUGAUCGAGGACAUCGACUGCUCCCUCGACCUCUCCGACCGCAAGAAGAAGAGGAUGGCGGGCGGCGACGAAACCGAGCAAGAACGAUGGGCGCAUCAAGCUCAGAGCAGGGCGCCCGCGAGGGAGACGAUAAGCCUGACGGGGGUGCUGAACUUCGUGGACGGGCUGUGGUCGUCGUGCGUCGGGGAAAGGCUGAUGGUGUUCACGACGAACCACCCGGAGCAGCUCGAUCCCGCGCUGUUGAGGCCGGGUCGGAUGGACCGGAAGAUCGAGUUAGGUUCCUGCAGGCCUGUCGCGUUCCGCACGCUGGCGAGGAAUUACCUCGGGAGAGGCCGAGAGGAUUGGGCGGAGGAUGAAGGGCCGGCGCUUGAGGACUUGAUGGCGAAGGCCGAGGUGCUUCUAGGAGAGGUUCCAAUCUCGCCGGCGGAGGUGGCGGAGAUGUUCAUGGCCUCCGAUGGGAAGGAAGCCAAAGCUGCUGUGACGAAGGUGGUGGAGGAGCUGCAGCGGAGGAAGGAGGCGCCGCCGCCGCCGCAGCCGCAGCCGCAGCAGCUGCAGGAGAGCAUGGUGAAUCUCGAAGAGUGCGGUUAGCUGCGAAACAAGGACAUCCAUGCAUCUGGCCGUGGGUACGUGAUUUAGUGGUUACGAAGGAAAUGUAUAAAUAUUUCCUGCUUUUCUUAUAGAUCUGAAUUUUAAGUAAUCUACCGGGCUUGUUUGACCUAGCUUUGGAAAGUAGUAUUGUUGAAAAAGUAUAAUAAGAAAUAGUGUGGUGCUGUGAAAAUAUAUAUAUAUAUAUAUAUAUAUGUAG